AUGCUGGCGGCGGCCCGAGCAGGGAUGCGGGCGGGAGGCGCGCUGCUCCCCAAGACUCGGACCCGAGGGGUGCGGCUGGUCCCGCCCCGACAAGUGGCUGUGUCCCCAGACCCGGGGGAGGAGCGUGCGAUCAAGAAAAGAAGGAACAAUGGGCGAGCCAAAAAGAGACAUGAGCAGCCAAUUCACUGCACCAACUAUGCCCGGUUUGUGCCCAAGAACAAAGCUAUUAAGAAGUUUUUUGUCAUUGGAAACAUCAUAGAGGCCACUGCCAUAAGGGACAUUUCUGAAGUGAGCGUCUUCAAUGCUUAUGUACUUCCCAAACUGUAUGUGAAGUUACUCUAUUGUGUGAGUUGUGCAACUCAAAGCAAGGUAGUAAAGAAUCGCUCUCUUGACGCCUGCCAGGAUCAAACACCUCCACGGAGGUUCAGACCUGUGAUUGCUGCCCCAACACCUCCACCAAAACCUAUGCAAAGCAGCUAA